AUGGAGAAGGGGGAUGCUGAUGAAGAAAGGGGGAAGGAGGAUGAUGAAGAUAGGGAAGAGAACAAAAAAGAUGAAGAUGAGGAGAAUAAGCAAGAUAGGGACGAGGAUGACGAUGAAGAAAGAGUUGAUGAUGAAGAUAAAGAUAGAGAGGUGGACGAUGAUGAAGGUAAAAGGAAGGAGGACGAUGAUAAUGAUGCUGAGGAGGAGGAGGAGGAGGCUGAUGAUGAUGAUGAUAAUGGUGAUGAUGAUGAUGAUGAUGAUGAUGAUGAUGAUGAUGAUAAAGAGGAGGAGGAUAAAGAGGAGGAGGAGGAGGAGGAGGAUAAAGAUAGAGAGAAGAAUGGUCAUGAAGAUGAAGAGGAUGAUAAUGAAGAAGGAAAAAGAACGAUGAGGAAAAUGGAAGAGAACAAAAAAGAUGGGGAGAAUAAGCAAGAUAGGGACGAGGAUGACGAUGAAGAAAGAGACGAUGAUAAUGAUGCUGAGGAGGAGGAGGAGGAGGAGGAGGAGGAUAAAGAGGAGGAGGAGGAGGAGGAGGAGGAGGAGGAGGAGGAGGAGGAGGAGGAGGAGGAGGAUAGAAAGAAGAAUGAUAGGGAGGUGGAUAAUGAUGAAGAUAGUGAGGAGGAGGACGAUGAUGAUGAAAGAAAGAAGAACGAUGAUGCAAAUAUGGAGGAGGACGAUGGUGAAGAUAGAGAAAAGGCAGAUGAUGAAGAUAGAAAGGAGAGGAGGGUGAAGAUACAGAGGGGGAGCUGGAUGAAAAUAGAGAGGGGGAGGAGGUAG